UCGGGGCUCGUUGUGGGACCGGCCUGGGGCUGGAGGGGUCUGGCUUGGGACUGCCGCAUCGUUCGUGGGCGGGGCAGACGCCGGGAAGUGGCCCUCAACCGUCUUGUCGCCUCGUGUCCUCCGCCUUCUUGGUGCUUUGCCUUGCUGCCUCUCCUCACACUAGCAGCCUGUGGGCCAGGCGGGGCUCACAGGAGGGGUACCCUCGGGCCGGGGGUCUGGGUGUUCUAGUGCUGAAGGUACCAGAGGACUGGAGCUGGCUUCGCUGGACUAAAUUUUAGAAAACGAGAGAAGCGUGCACAAGAGGCCCAUCACUUAGCGCACAAGGAUAUGCUCAUCAGGGACAGAAGACAAAGCACAUGGACUGGAAGUUGGACGGGAGUGCUCAGAAAACAGACUCACACGUGCUGCAGGAGCAAGAAGUCAUCCUAGAGGACACAGGCGAAGAUAGCAUCUCUGAAAGCUUCCGGCUUCUACAGAUCGAUGUGGAAUGCGAGCAUCGGGAGGGAGAUAUGCUGCCCACAGGCGGUACAGUGUGGUGUUCAAAAAAUGUCCAAAGAAAACAGAGACACUGGGAAAAGAUAGUUGCAGCAAAGAAGAGCAAAAGAAAGCAAGAAAAAGAAAGAAGAAAGGCCAAUCGUGUAGAAAAUUCAGGCAUCUGCCCCCAGCACAGCAAACGUUUUCUGAGAUCCGUAACCAAGGAGAGACUUUUGGAAGCCAAACACUCAGGACCAAGACUCUGUAUUGAUUUGAGUAUGACCCACCACAUGUCUAAGAAGGAAUUAAGUAGACUGGCUGGACAGAUCCGAAGGUUGUAUGGUUCAAAUAAAAAAGCUAGCAGGCCAUUCUGGAUCUACCUCACUGGAUUUACAGCAGACAGUCCCCUGUACGAAGAGUGUUUGAGGAUGAAUGAUGGAUUUUCUAGUUACCUGCUAGACAUAACAGAGGAAGACUGCUUUAGUUUAUUUCCUCUGGAUACCCUUGUGUACCUGACUCCUGACUCAGAACACGCUCUUGAAGAUAUUGAUCUAAACAAAGUUUACAUCCUUGGUGGACUUGUGGACGAAAGCAUUCAGAAGAAGGUGACAUUUCAGAAAGCCCGAGAACAUUCUGUCAAGACAGCCCGCUUGCCAAUCCAGGAAUACAUGGUCAGACACCAGAAUGGGAAAAACUAUCAUUCAGAGAUACUGGCCAUCAAUCAAGUGUUUGAUAUCCUGUCCACAUACUUUGAGACGCAAAACUGGCCUGAAGCACUGAAGAAAGGAGUUUCUUCCAGAAAAGGCUAUGUUCUUCAGAACCCCAUGGAUGAUGGACAGCCUGAGAAGCUGCCAGAGGCAAAGUUGCUGGAGGUGUCUUGACUGAAAAGCAGAGCAGAGGCUGGCGAUGGCACACACUUGCCUUUACUUGUCAUCUUGGAUCGCCACUAGAAUUUAAGUUACUCAAGAACAGGGACUACAUUUUAUGCUCUUUUCUAUCUCCCAUAGUGCCUAGCUCACAGGAAGAGCCCAGAUAUGUUGACUAAGUAAAAAGUUUACAUAACAAGGAAUUAGCCCUCAGCUACAUGGCUUUGGAUGUAUUAAUUCAUUUUUUAUAUACCUAUUUGUGAAAUACCUACUCUUUAGAAGUAUUUAACAAUUAAAUAAUUAUUGUUA